GCAUGACAGACAACACACAAUGCGUAUACACAGGCGUGUGCUGUGUUAGUUUAAGUGCCAUGGUGAUUUAGGAUACAUAUUACUUCAUGAUACCUCAGUCUACCAUGAAUUCGCCCUGCUGGUGGGAGAUGCUCCUCAUUAGCUUGUGGAUUCAAGUGGGCUUUGUGCCUGGGAUACAUUGCAAGGAUGGAACUGUCAAUCAUCUGUCAAGGAACGAUGUUUUGCUCUUAAAGGAUGAGCAGGAUCCUAAAUGUUUCACCCGGACAGGAUGGGAUUUCACCUGCUUCUUUGAGACUGCAGACAACAGGACUUAUGAUUUUCUCUACAACAUUAACAGCCUGCAGAGACAGAGUAGGUGUGAUAUGUCUGUCCAGAGGCCAGAAGAGGGAACUUUCCUCCACAUCUGCUCGUUUCCUUCCAAAGAUGUUUUAUUGUUUGUGGAAAUACACCUUAAAGUCAUGGACCACAACACCACCACCAGCCUAUACAGUCGGACUGUGUCUGUGGAGGACCACUUUCUCCUGGAUCCCCCCUUCAAUGUGUCUUUACACCAGAAUGGCCAAGCAGGGCAGCUGCUGGUUUCAUGGAGGACAGAGAUCCCAUCAUUCUGCGGGGAUGUAAAGCAUAGGAUUCGAUACUCCUCCAAGGGGCUCGGAGAGAAGACUGAAGAAAUGGGUCACUAUACUGAAGGCGUACUAGACUCUCUGGCACCAGGAGAGGAGACUGAGGUCCGGGUCACUAGCAAAUGUGCCUCUGGUGCAGGACACUGGAGCAGCUGGUCACACCCUGUGCGAGCCAUGGUUCCCCAGAGUGCAGAUGAUGUUUCACUAAUGUGCUUCACCUCUGACCUGCAAAACGUCACCUGUCAGUGGAAUGGGAGCAGAUAUGGCGGGAAAAGAGAGUACAAACUUUUCUACAAGAUCGGUCUCAGUGAAGAAUGGACUGAGUGCGUGGCUGAUGGGAAGUUCACUGACCUGUGUCGUUUCGAUGGAUUUGAGUCCAGAAAAGUCCGGGUCAAACUCAGCAGCGCUCCAGCUCCACUCUACAGAACUUUCUAUACUCAAGAGUUCACUCUUAACGAGACCAUCAAAACAUCCCCACCAGGUCAUUUGAGAGGAGCACUGAAGAAAGACAAGUUGUGCUUGAAAUGGGAAGCUCCUCUUCCAUCUCUGUCUGCUUACCUACAGUAUGAAGUCAGCUACCAGACCAGAGGGGGUGAAGCACCGAUGACGGUUUCCCUGAGGGAAGCAGAGACUGGCACAUGUGUAGUGGUUCUAACAGGGAGCCAGUACAGCGUUAAGGUCAGAACUAAACCUAAUGGGUCCGGUUACUCAGGCCACUGGAGUGACUGGUCAGAUGUGCUCACUGGUCAGACCCCCACUGACAUAGGCAUGCUGAUCAUGCUGUGUAUCCUUGUCUCAAUGCUGAUAACUGCUACCAUCCUCAUUUCCAUGUACUUCAGCAAGCUCAAGCAGUAUUUCUGGCCACCAGUGCCCAACCUUGACAAAGUCCUACAAGGCUUUCUGACAGAGAUCAACAGGCAGAGAUGGGAUCCUCUGCUCACAUCAAAGCAGUGCUCUGAGGAAACCACGGCAUCUGUGGUGGAGAUAAUGUCUGAAACUGAGGUUUCAGGAUUGGGGAAGCCAUCAGAGAAAUCCACCCACAUCCUGUCACCAGAAGGAACCCUGUCCAGUGGAGGGCAGGUAGACAGGAGCCUUGGGACUGAGGUCUUUCCAGACUAUGUAAGCCUGAACAAAGACAGCGUCAUUCUUUGCCCAAAAGGGAAAAAGUAUAUGUCUGAGAAGGCUGGAGAGAAAGGAGUCCCAGGUGUAGGGGAUGAGCCUCUCCAAACACGUCAAUGUUCAUGCACUGACGGCUCAGUCUGUGUCCCACCUUGCCUAGGCAUCGACUUUCUUAACCAUUCCUACGUGCCACUGGCUGAUGCUGCAGACAGAUUUGACUGCAAGAUCACUCCUGUAAGGGGAUCAAGUAACCUUUAUACUAAUUUACCCUGUAGCUUGGCAUCCAGGUUUAUGGCAUCAGUAGCUCCAAAUGUGGAAAAGGCUUCAAUAGAAAUAAAAAAUAGCACAAUGAUUUAAUAAUUAACACACCCUGUGCCUUAAGCAAAGGUGUGUUACCAUAUACAUUCCCUGUUGAAAUUAUUGGGCACCCCCUGAAUUUUAAGUACAGAAUUUAGAAUAUCUUCAGAAAUAAAUGCAAAUCAACCAAUUCUGCACAAUCAAAAUGGUUCAAAAAAAUGUCAAUGGUUACUGGACAAAAGAUAAGAUUUCAGCUCUCUCCAAAGGUUUUCAAUGGGAUU